ACGUCGCCCACCCGCACCCAGCCACGCUCCCGGCAAUCCCCAACGACGCGAGCGCAUACGACUCCCUCCCUCCUUUUAAACCGCGCCACACGCCGACCAACCGGAACCGGAACCGGCCGACGACUUCUUCCUCCCCUCCCCUCCUCCCACCAAUCUUCUCAUGGCGACUUCGACUUCGCGCGACCGCGGCGGCUACCCGCCGGACUCGACGCGGCUGCGCAUCGGCGACGACAUCGCCUGGGCGGACGUCGGCGGCGUGUACGACCGCGACGACUCCCUCAAGGAGAACACCAACCCCAAGUGCCUCCUCAAGGCCCACAACCCGAGCGCGCCCGGCCAGCACCACCACCACCACAACGGCGCCGCGUCGCAGCGCUUCUCGGGGAACCUGAAGCCCACGGCGGCGCCCAUCAUCGGCCUCUCCGGGAAGCUCGGACAGGGCGGCGCGCGGCGGACCCACCAGCAGCACCCGCCCGCCAUGUUCCCCAAGAAGGCCAAGACCGGCGGCGGCGGCCGCAACCCGAGGCCCGCCGUCCCGGAGGACGAGCCCAGCUCCCCCAAGGUCUCGUGCAUCGGCAAGGUGCUCUCCGAGCGCGAGAGGGCGCGACGCCGGCCUCGCCCGCCCCCCUCGGAGCGCGCUUCUCCCGGCUGCUGCCCUGGGCUCGGCUUCCUCAUGCGCCGCAGCCGCUCGCGGAAGAGCGCCGUCGAGAGCGUCGACUGGUCCCCGCCUCCCCCGCCACCGGCGGCGAGGCGGAGGGAGGCGAAGGCGGCUGAGACGGAGGAGGCCGCGCCGGCGCCGGCGCCCGGGCUGGGAGGGGUCAUGCGGUUCGCGUCGGGGAGGCGGGCGGCGGAUUGGGCGGCCCAGAUGGAGGUGGACGACCGCGUGGCGAAAUCCGGGCCGUUGUAGCGCGGGCAGGAGAUUUAAUUUUGCUCUUGGGUUGGGUUUGGUUGUGAUCUCUUCUGCUGCUUCCUGUUGCCGUGCUCUAGGCUUAGUAAAUCCGUGUGUGUUUGUGUGUAUAUACUGAUAGUAUUAAUUAGGACAGAAACAUUUGUGGGAUCAUGAUAUGGGUUUGAAAAUCAGACAAAAUUUUGCUAGUUUCCUCAUCUGCUUUGGCUCGUUUCUGAAUUGUUGCAACUUCACAUGUUCUUUGACAAUGUAGUCCUGACGUCUUGUGGAAAUUUGAUGAAAAUUUCAGACCAAAUCUUGACUACAUAUCUUGCACCACCAUCUUCUUGCAGAAGCUCAGCAGCCUAGCUUGAGAGGAACGAUGCCGUCAUGGGCCAUGGCCACAUCUCCAAAGGCAUUCCUCUUAUUCUAGUGAGUUUAAUCCAUCUUUCACCGUGUCCAUCUAGUCAUUCCUACUUACAAUUGGGACAGAUUUUGAAUUGUGCAAUACUCUGCCGUCAGGGAUCUGAUGAAAAUUCAACCUUAGCUGUAACCACUUAUUUUCAGCACAUAGUUUCCCUAAAAUAUGUUACUACUCUGCCCAGCAUUCUUUGCUCAAGUGCGACUUCAUUCAGAUUAGUGGAAUUAAAUAAACCUAAGCCAUCGGUAGAAUGCAGAAAAGCAGCCACUACUUGGUCGUACUCCCUCCGUUCGGAAUUACUUGUCUCGAAAAUGGAUGUAUCUAGAACUAAAAUAUGUCUAGAUACAUCCAUUUCUGUGACAAGUAAUUCCAAACGGAGGGAGUAGAUCUGUUUGUUUCGUGGUUAGAUUUGGGCGUGCCACUUACUCGGUGACAGAUACGCCUUGAUUGAUUCUUUCAUUGCAUAUCAGUUUAUUUGACUUCGUCACUAUUUAUAUUAGUAGUGUAUAAGCUGUCAUGUUUUCGAGUUUGAUCACGCAUCUGAAUACACUAUUUGUUCUAUUCACGAAUUCUGGCUCCGAAACUGCAGAAACAGCUGCACUGUUCCCUUUGUUGCUUUCGAAGGGUUUUCUUGCAAGGACUUGUUAAGUGACUGAUUAUGUGCUUUACUGUUAAUUCUAUUGUAGUAAACAUGUGCUAGUAUCCUUGAUCCUCCAUAUCUCUUCUCAAACUUGAAUUUAUGUUGUUACAUCAUAAAUUGAGGAUCCAGUAUGCAGCCUGUAUAUACAGAGGUGCCAUUUUGCAUUGUCCACUAGCUGCAUCGUUGUUUCCAGAGAUGAACUUUAGUUAUCUAUUUAUUGUUGCAGAGUAUGCAUUUUAUCAUCGUCAGUACAUCACAAAAGAUCGUUGGCUCCAUCAUGCAUCAUUGUAAUGGGGUUAUGAUGUGAUGGAUAUUGAUUAUCUCAAAAUCCCAAACUGUGCUCCUGUAUAUUGGCUACAGACCUGUCCGCCAACUUCUUUUCACUUCUUAAACUAAUUACUAGGGAAAAUUGUAUAUCUACAACUAAAUAUUUAUAGCACAUUCAUAUUUAGUUGUUCUGAAGUGAAGAAUUUAGAAACUUCAACUCUGGCUACUUAAGUUUGCACUUCACAUUGAACGUAAGUGAGCUAUGGAUACCGAGGGUGGCUAUAUCUGUUUUUCUGUUGCCUGAACAUGUCUGGGUAUGUAAAUCAUUGAACAGCUGGUAAUGGUGUCGCAAAAUAUAUACCAUAACCUCCAAAUGAAUUCUGCUGUAAUGAGAAAAUUGCAAUAGACACUGGUGUAGUGUAAAUUGUCAAAACAUGGUGCAGUCCUUGGUAUUAAAUUUAUUGGUUGCUUCGAGUUCUGAAUAUCAUUAGUGAUAGUUCCACAAAGAAAGACAGAAAGUUCCAAGAGCGAGUCGUUGCACUAGGUGGAUUUUCAAGAGCCUAGCAGCACUAACAUACAUUUUUUAAUUUAGUGCUAUUGGCAACAGAAGGGUUACUAGUUUCCAGGAUUUCAAUGUAAACAAAGCGUUGAGUAGAGAAACAAUAGUUUCUGCUUGAGAUAGCAGUGGCGGUAAGCAUCAACUUAGCUGGAAUUAAUAUUGACUGAACAUAAUGGAUUUUUUUGUUAUUUCUAAUGAUGGGCAGAAACUUCGAAUUUCUCCUUGUUCCAAUCUAAAUAACACAAGUUGGUACCGAGUCUGUCGGAAACAGUGCCAUUCGGUAUCGUGAUAAUGUAGGCUUCUUAAUCCUUGUGAUGUCUUCGAGACGAGCGUAUUGUUGAUGCUGAUUUUCCAAAUUAAAUGCCUUUCUACAUUUCAGGCGAGGGACCACACAGAUUUGUUGUGCCGCAAGAGCGGGUAUAUGCCAUCAGGCUCAGUUAUCAUAGAAGGGAUAAUCGCCGGCCUUGGAGUCACUGGAUUUAUGCAUUGCAGAACACAAGCAAAGCUUGUCUUGAAGUUGGCUGACCUUGUGAGAAAACAUUGUUCAAGCAAGCAGUUGCAUGUGCUAUUCAUUCUGAUGCUGUUAACAGGGAUGAAAUAAGAAAUCUGGGGAAUGUAUGUGUUCACUUGCAGUAUACCCAAUUUUAGUUUUGUGCUUCUGGUUCGUUGCAUCAAUUAAGGUAAGGAAAGUUGAGAAGCUA